AUGCAAGCCUCGAGUCCCCAAGAACAAGAGCAAUUGGAAGAACUAUGCAGACAUUUCUAUUACGCCAGAAAUCCAGAGACUCGUAUGUCUUCAUGCAAAAAGGCCUCGCUUGAAAAGUCACUUCAGAAAUGCCUUGCCAAGUACGAAGUGGCUUUCCUAGAUGACGACCAAACACUUCGUAUCUCGGUGCCUUUGGAUGUGAUUAAGAAGGACGUCAUGGAGGUAUUUCACAGCAUGAAGGAUAUUGCAAAGGCUUUCAAGAAUACGGAGCUUUUGACCUACUUCCACGAUGGCGCAAUCAGAAAUACGGAAAAGCUGAUUCAGAUAUCGCAAAUCCGUAUUGCAGGCCUUGAAAAGAGAAAUGCCGACACAACUCUGCAGAGACAAAAUGUCGAGCUUGGGGAAGAAAUGCUGAGAAUACACGAGGAUGCGUUGGCAAGACAGAAACUAAUUCUUGAAGAAUGGAAGCGCUGA